GGCGGCCGAGCUCGCGGGUGGAAUAGAAUCUGGUCCGGAUUGCGAGGAGUUGUCGUCUGCUGCAGCAGUAGCAGCUGCUCUUUAUUUACAUUGUUUACUGUUCACACUUCAGUGGAGAAGGAUGAAGACCUACUGUGUGCUUUCUUUGUGUCUGACUGGAAUCUUGGCGGCCCCAAGCUUGGACCCUCAACUGGAUGAGCCUUGGCAACAAUGGAAAAGUUGGCACCACAGGAACUAUGAGCAGAAGGAAGAAGGUUGGAGGCGAAUGGUGUGGGAAAAGAACCUUAGAAAAAUUCAACUACACAACUUGGAGCACUCACUUGGAAAACAUUCAUUCCGGCUAGGAAUGAACCACUUUGGAGACAUGACGAAUGAAGAAUUUAGACAGAUCAUGAAUGGCUACAAAGGUACAAAACCAAGUACGAAGGCUCGAGGGUCUCUCUUCUUGGAGCCCAAUUUCCUGGAGGUGCCCAGGAUGUUAGAUUGGCGUGAGCAUGGAUAUGUUACUCCAGUUAAAGACCAGGGACAAUGUGGCUCAUGUUGGGCUUUUAGUACCACUGGAGCUCUUGAAGGUCAACAGUUUAGAAAAUCUGGCAAGCUUGUCUCUCUCAGUGAACAAAACCUUGUAGACUGCUCUAAACCUGAGGGAAAUGAAGGGUGCAAUGGGGGACUGAUGGAUCAAGCAUUCCAAUAUGUGGAAGAUAAUGGUGGAAUUGACUCAGAAGAUUCUUAUCCUUAUACUGGCACGGAUGAUAGUCCUUGUCACUAUAAUCCAUCAUACAAUUCUGCAAAUGAUACUGGAUUUACAGAUGUUCCAAGUGGUAAAGAAAGAGCCCUGAAGAAAGCAGUUGCUGCUGUCGGGCCAGUUUCUGUUGCCAUUGAUGCCAGUCAUCAUUCAUUCCAGUUCUAUGAAUCUGGUAUUUACUUUGAGGAAGACUGCAGCUCCACAGACCUGGACCAUGGUGUUUUAGUAGUAGGUUAUGGCUUUGAGAAAGAAGAUGCUGAUGGAAAAAGAUACUGGAUUGUUAAAAACAGCUGGAGUGAACAAUGGGGUGAUGGGGGAUAUGUAAUGAUGGCCAGAGACAGAAAAAACAACUGUGGAAUAGCUACUGCUGCCAGCUACCCCCUAGUAUAAAUAUUAUGCUGCUGUAUUCAAAAGAACAUGAUAUAUACAAAGACUCGUAAACAGUUGCCAACACCUUUUCAGUAAGCAGAUUGCCUUAGGAUGAAAUUGUCUGAUGGUUUUUUUCCCACAAGUCGGACUUUACCUUUGCUCUCCGUGAAUCUGCUUCGGUUUGGACGAUAGAUUAGCUGCAUUGCAGCUCAUCACUGGGCUGAAUGGCCAAGAAAUUGAAGUUGCAAUGAUAUGUGGUUAAUCUUGUUGCAAACUCAUUUGUAUUUUAAGAUAUAUAUAGUCCCAGAAAGCUGUUUUUAAUGAGGAAAUUGAUACCAGUUCAUUUCCAGAAAAAUAAAUAAUUGGUUCUGCUUAUUGUGCACUGCCCGACUGGUUCUAACUGUGUAAUUGCUGUGCAAUGCACAAUCUGAAUGUUCCUCUUAAUGCAUUUUUGUUUAUAAUUGGAAAUAAAACAAAUUACUCAACA